AUGACAAGCUACCGUGUCUGCGUCUGUUUCCACCGCAGGUUCAAAGUGGCCGAGGCAGCGCCGCCACAGGACGUGCGGGACCUCUUCCUCAGCUACUCCGAUGGUGGGUCCCACAUCACCCCCGACCAGCUCAGCCGCUUCCUCUCUGAGGUUCAGGGCGAAGACCACCACCUCGUUGACCCGCAGAAGGUGGUGGAGGCAGUAGUGCAGAAGCGCCACCACAUUACUAAGUUCGGCAGACACAAUCUCUCUCUCGACGAUUUUCAUCACUACCUCUUCUGCCCUGACCUCAAUCCCCCCAUUGGAUCUCAGGUUAAUCAGGAUAUGACGGCUCCACUGUCCCAUUAUUUCAUAUACACUGGCCAUAACUCAUAUCUCACUGGCAAUCAACUGAGCAGUGAUUGCAGUGAUGUUCCCAUUAUAAAAGCUUUGCACAGAGGUGUGAGAGUGGUGGAGCUUGAUAUAUGGCCCAAUUCCACUAAGGAUGAUGUUCUUGUUUUACAUGGAAGGACAUUGACAACUCCUGUGGAGCUCCUUAAAUGUUUGAAAUCCAUUAAGGAACAUGCUUUCACUGCAUCUCCCUAUCCAGUCAUUAUAACCCUGGAAGACCAUCUUACACCAGACCUUCAAGCUAAAGUUGCUAAGAUGAUUACUGAAACAUUUGGAGAUAUGCUGUUUUGUCCGGAUCAUGAAAGUGUAGAAGUUUUUCCUUCACCUGAAGAUUUGAAGUAUCGGAUCAUGAUAUCAACAAAGCCUCCAAAAGAGUAUCUAAAAUCUGAAAGUGUGAAGGAUAAUUCCACAAAAUUAGUGAAAUCAAAGGAUUCUGAUGAAGAUGAUUGGGGAAAGGAGCAGCCUCUAUUUUUUAAAGUUUCUGGGGCUAUUUUCUUGUGUUCUAUUUUAUUGCAUGGUGACUUUGACACAAAUGGACAGGGUGAUGAUGAUGAGUCAAAUGAUGAUGAAUCUGAAACAACCCAGCAGAGUGAUUAUAAGCAUCUAAUUGCUAUCCAUGCUGGGAAACCCAAAGGUAGUCUGAAAGAAGCACUAAAAGUUGAUGAUAAAGUUAGACGCCUUAGCUUAAGUGAACAAGCCCUUGAAAAGGCUACUGAGUCCCUUGGAACUGAUCUUGUUAGAUUCACGCAGAAAAACUUUUUGAGGGUGUAUCCCAAGGGUACACGGUUCAACUCCUCCAACUACAAGCCACUGAUUGGCUGGAUGCAUGGUGCUCAAAUGGUUGCUUUCAAUAUGCAGGGAUAUGGCAGAAAACUUUGGUUGAUGCAUGGAAUGUUUAGAUCCAAUGGGGGAUGUGGUUAUGUCAAAAAGCCAGACUUUCUUAUCAGUGUAGGUCCAAAUAAUGAAGUAUUCAAUCCUAAAGAUGAGCUGCAAGUGAAGAAGACUCUAAAGGUAAAAAUAUAUGUGGGAGAUGGAUGGCGUAUGGAUUUCAAACAGACUCACUUCGACUUGUAUUCUCCACCAGAUUUUUAUGUCAGGGUUGGUAUAGCUGGAGUGCCAGCUGAUGUGACAAUGAAGAAAACAAAGAUAAUAGAAGAUAAUUGGAUACCUGUUUGGGAAGAAGAAUUCACCUUCCCUUUAACUGUCCCUGAACUUGCUUUGCUCAGAGUGGAAGUACAUGAAUAUGACAUAUCUGAGGCAGAUGAUUUUGCAGGCCAAACUUGUUUACCCGUUGCUGAACUGAAGCAAGGGAUUCGUGCUGUUCCACUUUACGACCGCAAAGGAGAGAAGUUCAAGUCAGUUAGGCUUGUUAUGCGAUUUGAGUUUAUUUAA